CACUUACGGAAAUGUUUACGACUUUGAAAAAAAAUUUCGAACCAAAUACUUCUAAAAUCUUGCUCCGAAACCUAGAGGUAUAUUUUUCAAAUCACCACGUGGAAAAUUUUCGUGGAUCUUUAGGCAACUUUUCAAACGCUCAGUUUUUCAACACAUCUUCAGAAGUUAUUUUGGGCCACAAUUUUUCGAACGCUCUUACUAUUUUCACAGAAUCACCCAACGAAUAUGGCAAUUUUUUGGAUUCAAAAAAAUGGGUUAAUGAACAUCAACAUUUUGGUGUCAUGGUUGGUUAAAUUUUUGUUAGCGAUCUCUCAAGCUGUAUUCUCAAAAAUAGAGCAAAUGGUUGUAGAAAGCAAUGAUCCACUGCAAAUGGAUACAGAGGUUAUGCAACAAACCAUACCAUAAUACAUAAGCGAAAGAGAGAGAGAGAGAACGAAACCGUUUAAACGGUAAUGGUUAUCACAUCACCCGGGAACACAGAUAACCUUGGAUGGAAGUGGUCGGUGAGUCAACUAGAAUUUCCCAUGGUUACGAAAACUUGACCGUCGACAUGGUAUUAUUCAUCAUGAAAGAACUGGUUAACUUUAUAAUUAUCGACGUAAAUGUGAUAUUAACUGCCAGUUAACGUCGCAGUUUCUUUGCCCAAGUCAGUUGAGUCCACAGUUCCAGCUAAUUGUUGAAAACUGUGUUUCUGGGACCGAGAUUACUAUCAGUUGAAAAAUGGACACUGGCAGCGAGAUGUUUAAAAAACGACCCGGAACAACCGACAAGGGUAAAGAGUACGAAAACAUGGCCAUAGCCAACAUCGUUUUACAAAUGGUAGCUGACGAUAAAAUAGAUAACUUUCAAAUAUCGUCAAAUGAUAACAACUUCGGUGCAUUUGAUGAUGUCGUCGUCAAAAUCGAGUCGGAUCUAAAUGUCAUACUAAAAGCAAUGCAGUUAAAACACAGCACCCAAAAAACACUUUCAUCUGAGCAUCUGAAAUCCGCAAAGGGAGACUUUAGUUUAGGCAAAUAUUUUGACUCUUUCCAACCACUCAAGAAUGUAGCACAAGAAUUUAUAAUUUUUACGAAUCGUUCAUUUGGUGUCAAGCAAGACGCAAAGUUUCAGCUACAAGGGCAGAAGUUUUAUGUUCGACCUGUUAAAGUGUGUAGUUCACCUGACCACUUCGCAAUUUCAAAAAACGUAAAUUAUGUCUACAAAUUUGAAAUCGUAGAAGAUGCAUGGACUAGAGAACAUAUCUCCGAAAUUCAAGAUUAUCAAACAUUUUUUUCGAAAUUGUUUCUUUAUACUAAUCAAGAAAAUUUUGACACACUGAGACAAUCAACAAUUGAAAAGUUUAGAACAACGUAUUCUUUGAAUGAAAAGGAUUUCGAUCAAUACUACAAAAUAAUAUCGGAGUGGAAUAUAAGAGAAGGGAACAAAGAAAAGUUGAACAAGAAAUGGAUGAAACGUGCUAUUGCGCUCGAGAUUUUGUCACCUCAUAUUGAGCCGUUAUGUUUUGGUGCAGUUAAUGACCAGAUGAAAAUACUUCGAGAUGCUAUAUCCAUGUUCACUAUCACAUUAGUUGAAGAGAAUUCAAGUGAAAAUGCUAAAAUUUUGUGGGGUGAUGUUGCAAAACAAAAUAUUGACAUUAAAGAAAUAAACAGAAUAAGGACAAAUUACCAACUGUCAGUUGACUAUAUUGAUGCUAACGACAUUGACAAAUUAAACUCAAAGUUAUUUGCGCAGUUGUUGUGGUUGACGGAUAAAUGCCCUUUAAUAAUACGUGAGUUUAAAAAUUUUGAAAAAGCCGUCAAAUUGUGUGAAGAUCUAAAGUUCGUUGUGCUUGGUGACGGAAUGAAAGAGGAAUGGAUGACACACUAUUCGUUAUUCCAAAAUCUGUCAAACCUGAAAGGGGAGUUUUACCAAAAAGUAAUGGAAACUUUUACUGUCUCUAUUCAAGGAAAGGAAGAGUUUAACUUAGUGACAGCUUUUGGAAAAAAUGAAAAAUUUCUGGAAAAUGUGACGACGUCUGAUUUGAUGGGAAUGCUAAACGGACCAUGCUUGAUAGACGGAGAGAAAGAAAUACUCUCUGAACCUUAUAUCGAACGUCAUUUAUCGCAAAAUGUUAUAGAUAUUAAUUAUUUAGAAAAAGUACAUGAAAACACUAUUAUCAUUUUACAAUACACGGGUAAUUUUGAUAAAGUGAAGGAUAAACUUAAAAAAUACAAACUAAUUAAUGUUGAUAAUGUUCCCAAAAAACAAAAUGACAACGAUGAAGGCAUAACAGAAAAUGUAGUUAGCAAUGAAAGCGCGUUUAACGAUAGUUUGGAUAAAAUAGAUUUUCGUAAUAAAAUGUAUAUCAGUAGUAAUAAACUUCUCGAAUCUAAAUUAAAACAAAUAUAUACGGAUAAUUCAAAAAUGCACAGGUUUCACUAUUUCAAAGUCGCAAACAACGGACAUUUGCAAUGGAUUCAAAGCAAAGGUGAUAUGAGUGACUUAGAAAAUUACAAAUUAUCUAACAGCUCUUUCACGCAUGAAAACUCCCUGUGGUCUUCUCAAUUAGAAAAUAACAUCAAUUUGAUAACUAGUGAUCCGGGAAUGGGUAAAUCUGAGUUGAUGAAAAGUUUCAAAAAUAAAUGUCCAGCGCAAAAUUGGACGGUUACGAUUUAUCCUAACGAUGUCCAUUUAUUUUUUAAAUCUUUUAAAUUAAGUCAAGGAUCAAACUACCUAACUUGGUUCGGAAGAUUUAUAAUCAACGAAAAAUACGGCUCACUCAAAAAAUUAGACCAAAGUUUUUUCGAAAUGUGUUUAAAACAAAACCAUAUUGUGUAUGUUUGGGAUGGACUAGAUGAAAUUUUAAACGAAUAUUUAGAUGUUGUUUCAGAUAUAAUACUUCAGCUAACAAAAAGAGGUUUUGUUCAGUGGGUAACUAGUAGAAAACACCUCCAAACUUUUCUAGAGAAAAAAUUCAAUGUGCUGUCAAUUGACUUAACACAAUUUAGCGAUAAAGAACAACAAAAUUACAUAAAACAGCGACUCAAAUGUGUCAGUUCUGAAGCCGAAAUUGAGAUCACCAUUCAGAAAAUUAAAUCUACCUUUGUAAUUAUCGAACAUGUUGACAUAUUAGGAAUUCCGCUUCAGAUAUUUAUGCUCACGGAACUAUUUCGUCGAAAUAACGAAAAGUACUUGGAACUUAUAGACAAUAAAUUUCGUUUAACUGAUUUAUACCGCAGUUUUAUCGAAGAAAAAUUUAACAUCUUCUACGAAAAUAAAAGUGCUUUUGAUCUUCAAAAUCCACAUAUGGCAGUUAUGGUUCGUCGCGAAAAAGAAAAGAUGUUAAAACACUACGAAAUACUUGCGUUAAAACUAAUAUAUCCCGAAUUUGUAUUACAACGAUUAGACAUUAAUUACCAAAAAUCGGUCAAAAAAUUUUCGCGCAAUGACUAUGCGUCUGUUGGUAUAAUAACCCAAGUACAAAGUAACGAACCACACUUUCUUCAUGGAUCUUUUGCGGAAUAUUUAGUUGCCACAUACUUAUCCAAAAAUUUUACAAAUAUACCAGUUGACAUAUUUUUUGAUCAGAAGUAUAACAACGUACGCUUUUUCUUUGAUAUGCUGUUAGCAGAGAACUCACCUGUUCAUCUGGCGAUAUUGUACAAAAAUUUUGACUUCGUUAAAACAUACGAUGACGAAAUAUUAACACGCAAAGAUAACGGGGGAAGAAGUGCUUUACAUUUGAUUUGCUCGUGGGGACAAAGGCACCCACAUGUACAAGUGAUCCACGAAAAUAACAAAUAUAUAGUUGAUGAGGGUACCACCUUUAAUGGUAAACCAGAAAGUACACAAUUUCUUGAGGCAGUAAUGUAUUUACAAACCAAAAACAAUAAUUCAGAACAUGAUUCCCUGCUAGGGAUAACACCGCUGUUGUAUGCCAAGAAAAGUGAAAGUUUGGCGGUCGAACUAAAAUUACUACUACGUAAAAAUACAAUUUUUUUCCAAUCAAUUACUGAUGAUGAUAGAAUAAACAUUUUGUAUUACUCCACUUUACUCGCGUAUGACGACGUAAUUGAAGUGUUUAGUCAAAAGUUAAGUAAUAGUCAUCAGGAAAUUAACUUUAUUACGAAAGCCGACCACAAAACGCCACUUAUCUUAGCAUCCAAGGGAGGACACAAAAAAAUUGUUGAAUAUUUGGUGAAAUCAGGGGCCGAAAUAAAUCGACCAGAGCGUGAUGGUUCUACGCCGCUAUUCGUCGCUUCACAUUAUGGCCACUUACAAACUGUCACGUAUUUAGUGAAAUCUGGAGCUGAAAUAAAUGGUUCCAUGAAUAGUGGUUUUAUUCCACUUAACACAGCUGCUUAUAACGGCCACGAAUUAAUUGUCGCGUUAUUAGUGAAAUCAGGCGCAGACGUCAAUCGUGCUAGUAAAAACGGUCUAACAGCACUUGAAGGCGCUUCUUUUAACGGCCAUAUAGCAAUUGUGGAAUAUUUAGUGAAAUCAGGGGCCGAACUAAAUCGAGGUGAUGAUUUUACACCCCUUUACUUAGCUUCGCAAAGCGGCCACUUACAAACCGUCAAGUAUUUAGUGAAAUCCGGAGCCGAAAUAAACCGUCCUAUCACUGGUGGAAAUACACCGCUUCAGAUAGCUUCUGAUAAGAACCACGAAAUGAUUGUUGAAUUUUUAGUGAAAUCAGGUGCAGAAAUCAAUCUCGCUAAUGACAACGGUUGGACUGCACUCCGUGUCGCUUCUUAUAACGGCCAUGAAGAAACAGUUCAAUUUUUAGUGAAAUCAGGGGCUGACAUAAAUCACCUAGAUAACAAUGGCCUUACACCCCUGUACGUAGCUUCACAAAAUGGCCACUUACAAACUGUCAAGUACUUAGUGAAAUCCGGAGCCGAAAUCGAUCGUUUCACGGAACUUGCAUCUACACCACUUCACACAGCUUCUCAUUAUGGCCACGAAUUAAUUGUUGAAUUUCUAGUGAAAUCGGGUGCCGAUAUCAAUCGUGCUAAUAAAAUCGGUCUUACCGCGCUUCAAGGUGCUUCACUAAACGGCCAUGAAAAAAUUGUGAAACAGUUAGUGAAAUCAGGGGCCGAAAUAAAUCGCGGAGAUAAUGAUGGUUUUACACCGCUUUACGCAGCUUCACAAAACGGCCAUUUACAAACCGUCAAAUAUCUAGUGAAAUCCGGUGCCGAAAUCAAUCGUCCUACGAAUACUGGCUCUACACCCCUUCACAAAGCUUGUGAAAACGGCCACGAAUUAGUAGUUGCAUUCUUAGUGAAAUCAGGUGCCGAAAUCAAUCGUGGUAACAAAGACGGUCAUACCGCGUUACGCAACGCUUGUUUCCACGGCCACGAACUUAUUGUCGAGUGUUUAGUGAAAUCAGGGGCCGACAUAAAUCUAGCAGAUAACGAAGGCUUCACACCCCUUUACGCAGCUUCACAAAACGGCCAUUUACAAAUUGUCGUGUCGUUAGUGCAAUCCGGGGCCGAAAUAAAUCCUCCCACCAGAAGUGGAUAUACACCACUUUAUAUAGCUUCUAUAAAUGGCCACGAAAAAAUUGUGCAAAGUUUAGUAAAAUUAGGAGCCGAAAUAAAUCGAGGCAAUAAGGAUGGUUUUACACCGCUUUACGUAGCGUCACAGAAUGGCCACUUACAAACUGUGAAGCACUUAGUGAAAUUCGGGGCCGAAGUAAAUCGUGCCAUUAAUAGUGGCUAUACGCCGCUUCAUAUCGCUUCGGAAAAGGGCCACGAAAUAAUUGUUGAAUUCUUAGUGAAAUCCGGCGCCGAAAUCAACCGUACUGACACAAACGGUUUUAUUGCGCUUCACGCAGCUUCCUUUAACGGCCACCAGAAAACUGUCGAAUGUUUAGUGAAACUAGGGGCCGAAAUAAAUCACGCAGAUAGCGGUGGCUUCACACCACUGUACUUAGCUUCACAGAAUGGCCACUUAUCAACUGCGACGUGCUUAGUGAAAUCCGGGGCCGAAGUAAAUCGUGCGAUUAAUAAUGGUUAUACACCGCUUCACAAAGCUUCUGACAAUGGCCACGAAUUAAUCGUCGAAUUCCUAGUGAAAUCGGGCGCCGAUGUCAAUCGCGGCGAUAAAGACGGUUUUACUGCGCUUCGUGGCGCUUCCCUCAACGGCCAUGAAAAAAUUGUCGAAUGUUUAGUGAAAUCAGGGGCCGAAGUAAAUCGGGCAGAUAAAGAUGGUGUUACACCGCUUCACGCAGCUUCACAAAAUGGUCACUUCCAAAUUGUGAAGGGUUUAGUGGAAUCAGGGGCCGAAGUCAAUCGUCGUAUUAAUAUGGGGUGUACAGCAGUUUACAUGGCGUCACAAAUGGGUCACGAAAGUAUUGUCGAGUUUUUAGUGGAAUCCGGGGCCGAAGUGGAUAGCGCUAGUAACGAUGGCUCUACAUCGCUGUAAAAACUGGAAAUACUUUGUAGAAUCCGGAGCCAAUCAAGGCGCUCUGUACACACUUCGCUGUGAGAGAAGUGCUCGAGAAUAAUAAGUGUUCAAAAUUCAGGUCCCUUUCCCUCUUCGUAUUUACAACGACAUUUUCUUACUAGAAUAAUUAUUUUUCGAAGCGCAUCAAUGUUUAAAAUUAAAUCCUGAAUUUGUUAUACAAGAAAAUAAAAAUGAAAUUUGGUUGAUUUUGUGCCCUCAACGCAUAGGAAAGGAGUGAUUGAUUAAUCCAUACUCAGUGUUUUCCCCAAGAACUCUCAUAAAUUUGUAGAAAUUCAACGGGCAAAUUUUUAGCAUGUUUCAAAUAAUCUUAAACUAUUUGCACCAUUUCACUGCAUUCGGUUUUUGCAAUUUCAAAGUUACAUUGUAAAAUAUUCUUAUAUAAUGUUGAUUUUUUUUUUCCAAAAAUCUGCAUGCUCAGGGUAAAAACUCAACGCGGAUUCAUAAAUCACACAUGCAGGAGUAUGCAAUCCUAUAAAAUUAAAUAUAUAACAGAAAAAAAAUGGACAAAUUAGUAGUAAGUAAAACUUCACGUCAAAAAUUGACUUUUUUAUUUUAUAAAAAAAGCAAUAAAAACCUUCAACGUCAAAAUUGGCCCGUUUGCUUAAAACAUGAUAGAAUGAUGAUGAAAAAACAGGAAAAAAAGAUUAAAUAGAUGAAAAAAAAACGAUGAAACGUACCAUUUUACAUUCUACUGAUUUUAGUUUAGAAAUUUUAUCUAAAACGUCCGAUAAUCGAAUCCUUAAACCCGGGUCAUUCAACCAGAUCAGAAUUUACCAAAAAUUCUAUUUGGUAAAGAUAAAUUAAAUCGGCAAAAUUGUAAAAUCAGGUCAUUAUUGUUUAAAGUAGAUUUAUAAACUCGCUGUUGACGUUGAAAUUCCCGUUGCAGUUGCUGUUCCCACUGACGUUGUUUAUAGAGCAGAAAAUUGAAUAAAAAGGCGGAUCUAAGUUGAUUACUACAAAAAUUUACCAUUUUGGACAUGUUUUAAGUUUCUUGUUGUCGAAAUAAGUCCACACAUGUUAAGAGAAAAAGGCAAGAUGUAGCCCCACCCACCCGCCCUAUCUCAAUUGUGAUGAUUUUUUUUAUUCGUCGUGAGCCAAGUAGUAGUAGUACUUUCUAAAGUACGACUGAUUUUGGCAAAUGACAUUCCUCUAAGAAAAUAAAGAGCGGUUUUUCUUAGAGGAUAUGUCAUCUGCCAAAAUCAGUUCUAUCUUAGAAGGCGGUA